AUGGUCGGUUCUGUUCAUAUGCCUCCUACUGAGGGAAAGGCCCUUGGUGAUAAGGAGUUCGGGGCUGCAUUUUUCCAGGUUAUUGGACGCGGUUUGGCGCAAGGUUGGUUCUCUGGGCACCCGUAUGAAGUGCGGAAGGGUGGACUGGGUGGUGUUGAAGGAGCAUUGAAGGAUUUGGAGGCUGGUAAGGCAUCUGCGGUUAAAUAUGUGGUGAGGAUUGCAGAGACGGAGGGUGUGUUGUUGUAG